AUGUUAACCAGUGAAUCAUUCCAUUUCUCUGCAGCAGAGAAGAGAGUGAUGAAACCUAGAGACCUAACUCCAUUUGAAGGAAUGGAGAUAGAUGAGGAGGCUAACAUCAACAAGGUGGAAGAGUAUGUAGAGCUGCUGUAUGAAGGUAUGGAGGAGAAGGUGAAAGGGGCUACACUCAUCCUACACCUGGCCAGGAACCCUGUCAACCUGGAGGAACUACUAGAGAAUGAAACGGCUCUAGGAGCUCUGGCCAGAGUGCUGCGGGAGGACUGGAAGCAGAGUGUUGAGCUUGCCACCACCAUCAUCUAUGUUUUCUUCUGCUUCUCCAGUUUCUCCCAGUUCCAUGGGCUGGUGACCCACUAUAAAAUCGGAGCUCUGUGUAUGAAUGUCAUGGAACACGAACUGAAGAGAUACGACCUCUGGCAGGACGAACUGCAGAAGAAGACCAGGACAUGUGAGACGACCCCUGACAACCAGGCCUUGAGGAAGGAACAUGAGAAGGCCUUUAAGAAGUACCAGGGACUACUGGUGAAACAGGAGCAGCUGCUGAGAGUUGCUCUGUACCUGUUGUUGAACCUGGCUGAGGACACCAGGACAGAGCUGAAGAUGAGAAACAAGAACAUCGUCCACAUGCUGGUGAAGACCCUGGACCGGGAGAACGAGGAACUACUGGUGCUGGUGGUGUCCUUCCUCAAGAAACUCAGCAUCUUCCUGGAGAACAAGAACGAUAUGGCGGAGGUGGACACCGUAGAGCGUUUGUCUCGUUUGGUCCCGUGUGAACAUGAAGACCUGCUGAACAUCACGCUGCGUCUCCUCCUCAACCUCUCCUUUGACACCGGGCUACGCAUCAAGAUGGUGCAGGUCGGCUUGCUGCCCAAACUCACCUCCCUGCUGGGUGACGAGAACCACAAGCAGAUGGCCAUGUGUAUCCUGUACCACAUCAGUGUUGAUGACAGGUUCAAGUCCAUGUUCGCCUACACCGACUGCAUCCCACAGUUGAUGAAGAUGUUGUUUGAGCACGGUGAGGAGAGGAUCGAUGCUGAGCUCAUCUCCUUCUGUAUCAACCUGGCAGCUAACAAGAAGAACGCUCAGCUCAUCUGUGAAGGUACUGGUCUGAAGAUGUUGAUGAAGAGAGCUCUGAAGCUGAAGGAUCCUUUACUGAUGAAGAUGAUACGAAACAUCUCUCAGCACGACGGACCACCCAAACACCUCUUCAUCGACUAUGUAGGAGACCUGGCAGCCCAGAUCAGUCCUGAUGAAAACGAAGAGUAUGUGAUCGAGUGUCUGGGGACCCUGGCUAACCUCACUAUCGCUGAUCUGGACUGGGAACUGGUGCUGAAGGAGUACAACCUGGUACCUUACUUUAAAGAUAGGCUCAAACCAGGCUCUGCAGAGGAUGACCUGAUACUAGAGGUGGUGAUCAUGAUCGGGACGGUGUCCAUGGAUGACAGCUGUGCCGCCAUGUUGGCCAAGUCUGGCAUCAUCCCUGCUAUCAUAGAACUACUCAACGCCCAACAGGAGGACGAUGAGUUUGUGUGUCAGAUCGUCUAUGUGUUUUACCAGAUGGUGUUUCACCAGGCUACCAGGGAGGUCAUCAUUAAAGAGACACAGGCUCCGGCGUACCUUAUCGACCUGAUGCACGACAAGAAUGCUGAGAUACGCAAGGUCUGUGACAACACUCUGGACAUAAUCGCUGAGUAUGAUGAGGAGUGGGGAGGAAGACUCAGGAGAGAAGUUCGAUGGCAUAACUCUCAGUGGUUGGAGAUGGUGGAGAGUAGACAGAUGGAGGAGGGAGAGCCCUUCAUGUACGGAGAGGAUGGAGAGAUGGACAGACCUGACCUCUUCUACAGCACGGACGGGAUCACUCCUGCGUCAGGAGCGGUCAGUCCAGACUUCUUCAGCGAUCCCUACGCACAGAAUGGAGACGGACAGCACGGGUACGAUAUAUACUCUGUUAGUAUCGAACACCUUGGAGGGUAG